GAAAGGUGUAACUAGUGCAGAUGAGAGAAAUUCGAACAUGUGUGGUGUCUGGUCACUUGUCAGAUGUUAUUAGACGGAGAGGAACAUGUGCUCAGCAGAAGGCAUUGUUAUCGAGAGUUAUAACCUAUUUAGCGGAAAAACGAAUAGGCCGACAUAGUCGAGAUAAUAAUUUUGUUUCCCUUUUGUAUAUUAGUUAAUUAAAAAAAAUGAACAAAGCUUAUCUCAAGGAAGUAUUCGAAGCAGAAAGCAAACAUAGAGCGUUCUAUACUGGUGGGAAUGUACAAUGGACAUCAGAUGGAAAGAAUUUAUUGUGCGAAAAUGGUGGCACUGUAUCCGUAUUGUCCCUUGAUCAGGGUUCUGUGAUAUUGUCAUUAGGUCAAGCAAAAGCCAAUCAAGAAGAAGACACAAUACAAACCUUUAUUCUUGAUGAACGUGAUAUAAAUAUAAUCACUCAUCAUAAAAGUGGAUUGUUCAAAAUGUGGGAUUGGACAAAUAAUAAACUACUAAAAUUAUGGAAAUCUAUCCAUAAAGGACCUGUAGUACAAUUAGCCCUUAUGAAUUUUGCUAUGGCAUCUGGAGGCAUUGAUGGUACCAUUAGAUUGUGGGAUUUGCUGAACCAUGCCUGCACACAUAAUCUCAAAGGAAUUCAAGGAGUAAUCAGUAUACUGAAAUUUCACCCAGAUGCCAAGAGAAAACUGCUUUUUGGUGCUGGUGAUGAUACAAAAAUUCAUGCUUGGGAUAUCACUAGUGGAAAAGAAAAAGUUACAUUUUCCGGUCACUUUAGUAAAGUUACAUCUCUCAACUUUCACGAAGAUGGAAAUUAUUUAGUGAGCUCAGGAAGAGAUAGAGUGCUUAUUUUGUGGGACAUAUCGUCGGGAACAUCGGUACGUGUCGUACCAGUAUAUGAAGGAAUAGAAGGAUCGUUUAUAAUAAAUGCUAAGACUCCUCUACCAGUAUCUCUUCAAUCACACAACACCGAUGACAUAUAUGUUGCCUCAGCUGGUGAAAAAGGUGUUGUAAAAAUCUGGGAGAUGAAGACGGGUAAAGAGGUUUACGAGCAGAAAAAUUCCUUGGUACCGGUGGCUAAAGAGGGAGGAGGCUUAUCGAUUACACAUUUACUCUACAAUGAACACUGCAAUGAUUUUGCAGUAGUAUCUGCCGAUCAUAAUAUAAUUAUCCACUCGUUAAAGUCGUUCGAAUGCAAGAAGCAGUUGGUGGGCUAUAUGGAUGAGAUACUGGACGUUGUGUAUCUCGGGGCGAAUGACACCCACGUAGCACUGGCAACCAACAGUUGCGACAUCAAGCUCUACGAUAUCGCGUCCAUGAAUUGUCGACUGUUGUGCGGCCAUACCGACAUCGUCUUGGCCCUCGCUACGACUCAGGCAAAUGCGAAUCUGCUCAUCUCUUCGGCCAAGGAUAACAGUGUUCGCGUAUGGCUGCUGGAUGACAAAAUGACAAAUGUGUCUUGCAUCGGACGCGCUGUUAGACACACAGCAUCGGUCGGCUCCAUCGCCAUAUCUCAGAUGUCGACCAAGUUCUUCGUCUCCAUCAGUCAGGAUUCCUGCCUGAAAUUGUGGGAACUGUCCGACGAACUUGAAUCACACGUUACAGGCCAAGAGUUGCCGUUGAAUGUAAGUCACACGGUGUUGGCGCAUCCGAGGGACAUCAACUGCGUAACUGUCUCGCCGAACGACAGACUGAUCGCUACAGCGUCGCAGGACAAGACCGCUAAGCUGUGGUCUGCCGAGGACUUGCAGUUGCUCGGAGUGUUUCACGGUCAUCGGAGAGGUGUGUGGUGCGUCCGAUUUUCCCCGGUUGACCAAGUGCUCUUGACAACGUCCGCCGAUUGCACGAUGAAACUGUGGUCCUUGAGCGAACUCAAUUGUCUGAAGACAUUGGAGGGACACGAAUCCUCGGUGCUCAGAGGGGAGUUCUUGUCGCGCGGCAUGCAGCUGAUCACGGCGGGUGGCGACGGCCUUCUGAAACUAUGGAAUAUCAAAACGUCCGAAUGCGUGUCCACUUUUGAUCAACACGAGAGUCGCAUUUGGACCCUCGCGGUUACUAAGGAUCAGAAACACAUUAUAAGCGGAGGCAACGACUCGUUGCUGGUGAUUUGGAGAGACGUGACCGAAGAGAAGAGAACGCAAGCCGUGAAGAAGCAGGAGCAGCUCGCGUUCAAGGAACAGUUGUUGAGGAAUUUGCUGGACAGCGGACACCUCGAUUCCGCGUUGGAAUUGGCGCUACAAUUGGAACAGCCGUAUCGAGUUUUCAAGGUUGCAGAAGCUUUAUUAAAGGAAGGAAAUGACCAUCUCCUGAAUACGAUCAACGCAUUAGACGCUGAUUUCAAGGCAUUGUUACUCAGAUACGCAGUUACGUGGAAUACAAACAGUCGAAAUUCACAUGCCGCGCAGGUGAUUAUAAGUGGCUUAAUGACGGAGAUAGGCGCUGGAAAGCUGCACCCGUCGGGUUUGUCUUCAGCUCUAGAGGCCGCGAUACCUUACACUGACAGGCACUUUAAAAGGUUGACAAAACUUUUACAAGACCUCCACUUAUUAACAUACACCACCAAUCGUAUGAAGCCCGACAUCGUGUGAAUUGAUACGUAUAUUUUUAUAAAUAAACAGUACAAAUUUCCGCUUUCGUA